CGAGAUUUUCCCGCGAACGAGGCAGCGAAGAAAUGCCCGGAAUGUUGCUUUUGCGCAGUGCUUAACUAUUAGCCACGUGGUUAAUGAUAAGCCAAUCAGAGCGCAAAAUUAAACCCCACCGCGAAGAUCGUUUGUCAGGGCCUGAAGUCGGUGCAAAAACAUGUCCGCUCGAUCGAGGAAUUAAGAAACUAGAACCUAAUUUCUCUUACAGUAACCCUCAAAUAUGCCUCAUCAACCAAUGCUGCACUAGAUCUAACAUUUCCGAGUACUUCUAUAACGAUCGCGUUGAAAUCAAACCGUUUCCCUGCUGGCGAUUUCGACAAGUUUCUGUCGCAUUCUACGCUUGAGGCUCUGCGCAAACUUUGGUACACGAAUCACCCAUGCGAUCGGUUGGAGCUACAGUGAGAGUAUUAACUUCGCUUUAGAUUAUACUGAUGUCGAAUCCAACUGCUACACUCACAAGCUUGUGGAUCGAAGGUCAGCCGAGCCCUGUGAAAAGUAACCCCUCUACUCCAGUUAAAGGAGUCGUGAGCCGGGACACCUCCAUGGUACAGGAAGACUUUUUAAAGUUUUACAAAGAAAGUGGACUUGAUUCAUUAGCCCGAGAGGCUGGUGUGAUUGACAACAAUGGAACCAUAGAUGGCCUAAAAGAUGCCUCCCAUUCAAGAGUCAACACUGCAAACAGCCCAACUGUUAUACCUGCCACUUCUGCCAAAAUGUCACCUGUGAUUUUGCCAAAAACAGUGAACACUGCACCUUCACCAAUGGUGAUUGGUUCUCCUGGACCACACCAGGUUAUCGCUGUGGGUGGAAGUCCAAGAACCCCAACAAUGAUUGCUGCACCAAUUGUACCAGCUAAUGCAGCAGCCUCAUGGCCAAGGGUAAACACGACUCCAAAUAGUGGGAAGAAAAGAAGGAUGGAUUGUAUGGAAAAUGAUUUACUAGACAGUGCAGAAAGGAAGCGAGGCAAAAGACUGCCCAGCGCUGGCCGCUCAGGUGGAGAUAAAAGUGGAAAGGGAUUGAGGCAUUUUUCAAUGAAAGUGUGUGAGAAAGUUCAACAGAAGAGAACAACAUCAUACAAUGAGGUUGCUGAUGAGCUCGUACAAGAGUUCAGUGAUCCUGACAAACAUCUCUCACCAACAGACCAGGCUUAUGACCAGAAAAACAUCAGAAGAAGAGUUUAUGAUGCCCUGAAUGUGCUGAUGGCCAUGAACAUCAUAUCGAAAGAGAAGAAAGAAAUCAAGUGGGUGGGACUACCUACAAACUCUGCACAGGAAUGCCAACAGUUAGAGGAAGAAAAGAAAGAAAGACAAGAAAGAAUAAGACAAAAGACCGCUGAGCUUCAGGAACUAAUCCUUCAACAAAUAGCUUUCAAGAACCUUGUUCAGCGCAACAAACAGGUGGAAAAGGAACAGGGUUCUCCAGCCCCCAACACAGCUAUUCAUCUCCCAUUUAUCAUUGUAAACACAAGCAAGAAAACUGUCAUUGACUGUAGCAUAUCUAAUGACAAAUUUGAGUAUCUGUUCAACUUCGAUAACACAUUUGAAAUCCAUGAUGAUAUUGAGGUGUUAAAAAGAAUGGGAAUGGCAUUUGGUUUGGAGAAAGGGCAAUGUGCGGAGGCAAACCUUAGAGCCUCAAGAACAAUGGUUCCUAAGGCGCUUGAACCUUAUGUUAUGGAUAUGGCAAAGUCAGGUCCAGUUGGACUUGGUGGAGUCCUCAGCAAUCACACCACCCCCAACAAAUCAGGUUCUUCAGCUUCGCCAUUGGUUUCAGCUACAGCACGAAUGUCACCUCUUCCUGCUCCAAACACCCCCUCAUCACCACUGGCCACUCCUCUAUCUCAAGGGCAUGUCACUUCACCUUUGCCCAUGGCAACCACCAACUCAAGGACACAGAAUCGCACAUCAAGGACAUCCUCAAUGGCAAGUGACAGUGGCCCCUCACAUAGAACCAUGUCUCCAUAUUCCUUUCCUUCUUCUCCAGCUUCAGACGCAUCUUCUGACUUAUCGCAAGAUGGAUUUAUGGACACUGAUGAGACGAAUUCACAUCACUGAUUUUUAAGGACGUUUUAAAAAUACAUGUGUAUGAGUGUGUGGAGUUGACAGUGUCAGCUAUAAUGGCAUUAUCAUGUGAGAUUCAUGAUUUAUUCUAGUUCUGGACUGCAGUAAACGUUGAAUCUUGUACAUUUUUACUGGCUAAUCAUGAGUGAUGCCUGAUGUUAUUUACUCUUGGUUUGUGUGAGGCUUUUAAAGUUGUUUUUCAAUGCAGAUAGGACCAAGUUAAUUGAUACAAGAGAGCUACAGAAUCUCUAAAAGAAUGUGGAAUAGUCACUUGUUAUGUCCAAACGUGUACGUACAGCAUUUCACGAAGCGAAACAAACACAGAUGAAAAUAAUACCGUAGAAUAUUUAGUGAUGUUUAUCAGCUGGAGUAGUAAGAUAUGAAACCAAAGAGAAUGAAUUAAUUUUGAUAGCAUUACAGUAUUCUUUGGUUUUGGUUUGAUAACCGAAAGUGGUAAUGUAGAGGUUUUAUGCCAUUUUGUUGCUAUGGGGACUAAUUUGAAUUUGUAUCUUAUAGCACCAAAUGGGUUUCUACCAUGUGUACCAUGCUCUAACGUGUUAGCAUGUUGGAGCUAAGCUCUAAAGCCUUCAUAGAGCUAGCUUUCUUUUAUGAUAUAUUGUACAGCACCUCAGGUAGAGUCCUGAAAAGUGCAAUAAUGGGUACCUUGUAGCCCAUAAUAAACAAACAAAUAAUGAACA